AUGUCUUUGAAUAAUGACAGUACCACCUCUCCCCCACAGAUUAAUGAAAAUUAUUCCCGUAUUAUGGGGUUUGUAAGUGGUGUGUUUUCAGGUGUAGCUAAAAAUACCGUGGGCCAUCCAUUCGAUACAAUUAAAGUUAGAUUACAAACAUCCCAAAGUACGAAUCGAUUCAGUGGUCCAUUAGAUUGCGUUUAUAAAACUUUCAAGACCCAAGGUAUAAGAGGUUUCUAUUUGGGGUUUACGCCUCCAUUAAUUGGCUGGAUUGUUAUGGAUAGUGUAUUAUUAGGUUCGUUAAAUAAUUACAGGUUAAUGUUGAAAAAAUAUGUUUAUCCAAAUGAUAUUAAAUUACCGUUAAAAGGUGCUGUAAUUGCGGGUGUCCUGUCUGGUUGGACUGUUAGUUUCAUUGCUGCACCAAUUGAGUUGGCAAAAGCUAAAUUACAAGUUCAGUAUGAUGCUAAGACCGCUAAAUAUAAAGGUCCUAUUGAUGUUGUGAAAAAAAUUUAUUCAGCAAAAGGUAUUCUUGGACUAUAUAAAGGUUUAAUUUCUACAUUAAUUUUUAGAACACAUUUUAUUUUUUGGUGGGGAUCAUACGAACUUUUCACAGAUUUUUUCACCAAAAAUACUAAUAUGAGCGCACCUGCUAUAAAUUUUUGGAGUGGUGGAUUAAGUGCAUCUCUAGGGUUUUGGACAACAGCUUAUCCAUCAGAUGUGGUCAAACAGGUUGUUUUAACAAAUGACAAAUAUGAUGGCACCUUUAAAAGUUGGAAACAAGCUGUUGCAGACAUUUACAAGCUAAAGGGAUACAAAGGUUUCUUUAAAGGUUUUGUACCAAGUAUUUUAAGAAGUUUCCCUGCAAAUGCAGCCGCAUUAGCUGUAUUUGAAUUUGUAUUAAGGACUAGUGGUGCCAAAGCAUAUUAA